UCCCUCUCAUUUCGCCUUCUCUCUCUCUCUCUGCAUUGUGUUCAUGUUCUCUUUGACCCACCCAAACCAACCCAGGUCGCUCAAACACUCCUCAGAAAACCAAAUCAUGCAUGCAUGCACCAUGUUUCACGUUCAAUGAAAUCUGUCUCAUCCAUUUUUCAUAGAUCAAAAAGACACCCAUUUUGAAGCUGUUUGUGAUUUUUGAGAUUGCAAAACAUAUAUGUUUAUCUGUAUAUCAAUCUUCUGGGCAGUGGGGAAUUGAAUUUUGAUGAGAGGCCAAAGUAGAAAAAGUAGCGAAAGUAAAAGAAGUAGAAAGCAGCAUAUGCAUCUAUGAAGACAGAGGCAGGGAAGUCUCCUCCACCGCAUUACCGCCUGAUGCAGUUUUCGGUUGAGCUUCGUCUUCUUCUCCGCUUUCUUUACAGAUGGAAUGGCAGAUCCUGUUAGUUCUGCAAAUCAUGAGCGUGACGUUGAGCAAGCAAUCAUUGCUUUGAAAAAAGGUACACAGUUAAUCAAGUAUAGCCGACAAGGGAAGCCUAAGUUUUGCCCAUUCAGAAUUUCUGCGUUGUAUAAACAGGAUGAAACGACACUGAUCUGGUUCUCACGUGGAGGAGAAAGAAAUCUGAAAUUAUCUUCCAUCUCACGGAUUGUCCCUGGACAGAGAACUGCUGUUUUUAGACGAUAUUUGCGUCCUGAAAAGGAUUACUUAUCAUUUUCACUUCUAUAUAACAACGGUGAACGAUCACUUGAUUUGAUCUGCAAGGACAAAGCUGAGGCAGAGGUAUGGUUUGCAGGACUUAAAGCAUUAAUUUCUUCUGGAAAACAGAAUAUUAGACGUACUAGAAGUGAUAUUUCUGAUACACAUGAAGGUGGUAGCUUUACUCAGAAUGGUCGUCCUUUUGGUGCAACUCUAGAAUUCACUUCAAGUAUUUCCCGAAGCAGGGCGUCUCUUGAUUCGAAUUCUCGUGAAUCUACAUUUAGUUCAAAAAGCUCAGAUGUGGGGUCAAAACGUGCAAAUAUGCAACUAAGAACAAGUACUGGAGAUGGUGUCCGUAUUAGUGUUUCAAGCACUCCUAGCUGUUCUAGUGGAGGAUCUGGACCAGAUGACAUAGAAUCGUUGGGUGAUGUUUAUGUGUGGGGAGAGGUUUGGAGUGAUGGGAUUUUUCCUGAUGGCUCUGUGAGCCCAAAUCCUAUUAAAACUGAUGUGCUGAUUCCUAGGCCCUUGGAGACAAAUGUUGUUCUCGAUGUUCAUCAGAUUUCUUGUGGUGUGCGGCAUGUUGCUCUUGUAACAAGGCAAGGUGAGGUUUUUACCUGGGGGGAGGAAUCUGGGGGAAGACUUGGUCAUGGGAUUGAUAAAGACUUUAGCCACCCUCGUCUUGUUGAGUUCCUAGCAGUUACUAAUAUAGAUUUUGUUGCCUGUGGAGAGUUCCAUACAUGUGCUGUAUCUACAUCAGGUGAUUUAUUUACUUGGGGUGAUGGUACCCAUAAUUCUGGACUUCUUGGUCAUGGCACAGAUGUUAGUCAUUGGAUACCUAAAAGGAUUGCUGGUCCUUUAGAAGGACUUCAGGUUUUAUCUGUUGCAUGUGGCACUUGGCAUUCAGCAUUGGCAACUUCCAAUGGAAAAAUGUUCACUUUUGGUGAUGGAACAUAUGGUGUUUUGGGACAUGGAGAUCGCGAGAGUGUUCCAUAUCCCAAGGAGGUACAAUCACUGAGUGGACUGAAGACUAUUAAGGUUGCAUGUGGAGUAUGGCAUACUGCAGCCAUUGUAGAGGUCAUGAGUCAAUCUGGUGCAAAUGUUUCAUCUAGAAAGUUAUUCACCUGGGGUGAUGGUGACAAACAUCGUUUGGGCCAUGGAAACAAGGAUGCUUAUCUUCUUCCCACCUGUGUCUCUUCACUUAUUGACUAUAACUUCCACCAGCUGGCUUGUGGACACACACUAACUAUUGCCCUUACAACAUCAGGUCAUGUUUUUACCAUGGGUGGCACUGCAUAUGGUCAGCUAGGCAAUCCAUUAUCUGAUGGAAAGGUACCUUGCUUGGUACAAGAUAAACUAGUAGGUGAAUUUGUUGAAGAAAUAUCUUGUGGGGCCUAUCAUGUUGCUGUCCUGACAUCUAGAAGUGAAGUAUACACUUGGGGGAGAGGCGCCAAUGGAAGAUUGGGACAUGGAGACAUAGAAGAUCGGAAAUCUCCAACACUAGUUGAAGCUUUAAAAGAUAGACAUGUAAAAAAUAUCUACUGUGGCUCAAAUUUUACUUCAAGUAUAUGCAUCCAUAAAUGGGUCUCUGGAGCAGACCAAUCAGUUUGCUCUGGCUGUAGGCAAGCAUUUGGUUUUACUAGAAAGAGACACAACUGUUAUAAUUGUGGACUGGUGCAUUGCCAUGCUUGUAGUUCCAGAAAAGCAUUGAAAGCAGCAUUGGCUCCAACUCCUGGCAAACCCCAUCGUGUAUGUGAUGCUUGCUUUGUAAAACUUAAAGCAGCUGAGGCUGGUAACGCUUCUAAUGUAAGUAGAAAAAUUACAGCCCCUCGUCAUUCAAUAGAUAGCAGCAGGGAAAGAUUUGAUGGUAGAGAAGUAAGGUCUUCAAGAAUUUUGCUGUCUCCCACUUCAGAACCAGUCAAAUACCUUGAGAUCAAUUCAGGAAAGCAUGGUUCCAGAUCUUUAUCUCCUUCUAUAGUCCGGACUUCCCAAGUUCCAUCACUUUUACCACUGAAAGAUAUUGCAUUUCCAAGUUCGUUAAGUGCUCUUCAAAAUGCUUUCAGGCCUGUUCUACCAUCAUCACCUCGUUCUUCUCUAAACUCAAGACCUGCUUCACCGUACUCUAGGAGACCAAGCCCUCCACCCUCAGCCACUCCUGCAUUUUCUAGGAGUCUUAUUGAUAGUCUCAGGAAGACAAAUGACCUCCUGAAUCAAGAAUUAUCAAAGUUGCAGAACCAAGUGAAAAGUUUGAAGCAGAAGUGUGAAGCUCAAGACUUGGAGCUUAAGAAUUUAAAUCAAAAUGCUAAACGAGCUGCUUCAAUUGCUGAGGAGGAAUCUUCCAAAAUUAGAGUAGCUAGAGAACUCAUCAAGUCUGUUGCAGAACAGCUAAAGGAAGUAACAGAGAAGCUGCCUCCAGAGGUUUCAGACAGUGGAACUUUAAACACCAUGCAUUCUCAAGUUGAAGCUUUUCUACACACAACUGCAACAUCUCAUCAUUCUUCUCUCACAGUCCUUGAGUCUCUUAAAGUGAAAGACAAAAGGGCGCACGGUCAUGUAGAUGUUGCAAGGGUUACGGACUUGUCUCAGAAUGGGAGAAAUUCUCUUCAGGAGAGUAAUAGAUCAUCUGGUUCUAAUACAAGAGGUGCUGUAUCUCAUCAUAGCGCAGAGCAUGGCUCAAUAUCAGAUGAAUCUUCUACAAUGAGGAAUGGAAAGAAAGAGGUUAUUGAACAAUUUGAGCCUGGUGUUUAUGUUACUGUCAUUCUACUUCAAAACGGUACAAAAAUAUUCAAGCGAGUGAGAUUCAGUAAACGAAAGUUUGACGAGCAUCAGGCAGAAGAUUGGUGGAGUAAAAACAAAGAUAGAGUGCUUAAGAGAUACAGUCCACCAACAGCAAGCCCUGCUUCAAUAGGAUCAUCUAGCACUUCAGUGCCUGUUGAUGAGGGAUCACCUAGCACUUAUGCACAUCCUGCUGAUGAAGGAUCAUUUAGCACUUCUGUUCCUGCUGAUGAAGGAUCAUCUAGCACUUCAGCACCUGCCGAUGAAACUCCAGCACCUAUAGAGGAAAAUAGUGAGGCAUUGGCAUCUUCCCAAACUUAAUUUCAUAGCUUAGUCUCUCCUGCCAAUGCCGUGUAGAAAGUUUAUGUAUGUUGCGACCUGCUUUAGAAUAGUGGCAUUGACUAUCCAUUAGGUUUAAACAUAUGCUUGUUCAGAACAAAUUAGGGAGGACUUCAUUUCUGAAAUUGGUACAAAAGAACAAACUCCUCAUUCAAAGUGGAGAAAACAGGACCAUGAAGAUCAUGCAAUUUAGAUUAAAAGCUUA